AUGUCAUUUGUUCCGUCAUUAAGAAGCAAAAUCACUUUAAAUUUGAGUUUUAAUGAGAUCCAAAGACCUACCUCUAAAUGCUCUCAAACAGCAACAAAAAUCCUUCCUUCGCUUACUCCCCCUCCGCCAGUGAACAAAAAAAUUUGGGAAACUCACGGGGUUAAUUUUUUUUUUUUAAAAAAAAUUAUAAAUAUUGUUUUUCGAAAUUUAAAAAAAUCCUAAUUGGAGAGGGUGGGUCUUUGGGAAAAAAUAGCAAUUUUUCUAAUGGUUUUGUUCACUCACGGAGGGGGCGAGUUAGCACAAAACGAAAUUUCCGAAUUUCUCCAAGUCGUCCUAGCUUAACAUCGCGAUUCGGAAAAUCAAGCCAGUUUACAAAUCGAUCAAUUGAUCGCUUUUUUAAAGAUAAUUCACUUGAAAAAUCCAGCCCAACAAGGCAAAAAAGUGCUGAAGCAUUAAGAAGAAAUAAACUCGCUUAUGCAUUAGAUGUAAAUUUUUAUUUAGAUAGCCCGAACAAAAAGAAGUAAAAUAGAAAAUGAAAUUAAACAAGAAACUGAAAGGCUAAGGUCAUAUAAAGAUACAAUACUUUUCAGAGAACUGUUAUUAAUAAAAUAUAAUAAUGCUGCUGUUAUUAUACAAAAACAUAUAAGAGGCUUUUUAACAAGAAAAAAAAUUGAGUCAAAAAUGAUGGAAUUAUGGAAAAAGAAAUUAAAUAAAUCAAUUGAGUUUUUAGAUCAGGAAGUCAAAAAUAUUUAUAUAAAGCUGGGUUGUAGCAUUAUUGAUAAAGUGGUUUUGAUACAAAAGCAUAUCAAAGGGUACUUGAAGAGAAAACGAUUUCGAGCCGCUGCAAAUAGACUAAGAGAGGAAAAACUUAUGCGUAGAGAUAAGGCUACCAAAAUGAUUAUUUCUUGGAUAAAAACUGUUGAUUGCAUAAUAAAUUUAAAAGAAUUGAAAGAAAAACAUAAAAAAUUAACAGAGAUCAGAGACAAACUCUUAUGGAUCAAGAUGAAGCAGUUAUGGUCAACGAGGAAAUUCAACUGAUCAGUAAUAAAAAAGAAAUAUGAACUGUUAGAGCAAACUCUAAUAACUGAAAGUGACCGAUCGAAAACAGCUCAACUGUUAAUCGCACCUAUAACUUAUGAGAGAACAAAAAGCAAAAAUUUUGAACAAUUGAAAAAACCAAGUCGGCGAAUGAGCCUUGAUAUCACUUCAAAAAAUAUCAAAACUCCUGGGAGGCUCGAUUUAACACCAAAAAGCAAACCUGAGCAGCUCAUAUAUAGGUCUUUUGAAAAUUCUAAAGCAAUUUCAUUUGCAGCAAUGGCUGGAGACUGAAUCAGCUCUGCUAUUAAUUUUAAUAAAUGAGAUCAACAAUUAUCAAAUGAAACUAUCCCUGAAAGAAAAGAGCAGCCAAAACUAGAAAUCAACCAAGCAGAAACUAAACGAGCUUCUCGAGUAAAAGUUGCAGACCCAAAGCCUCUAUUCAGAAAUAAAACAGCAUCUAAAAUAGCUUCAAAUAACCCAGCUUUAGAAAGACCGAAAACCCAAAGGUUUCCCCAAAGAAAAGUUGAUACCCUUGAUAUACCCAAAAAAAAGCAUUAA